GUACUUACCUACGAGCUUGAGUUGCGCAAGACGUCCUACCGUUUUGUUCGUGAUGGAAAAUGUGCUUGCCUCAAUGCUGCAAUUGAAAAAGUCAUCGAUUCGUCCGACUUGCUGAACUUGCAUUUCAUCAUUCCCAUCACUCUUGGCAAAAGGCAGGGUUGUUCAGCACAAGAUGGACUUGAUGUUCUUCCACCACCAGCCCCUCACUCUGUGGGCCGAGACGUCAAGGGUGCUGGCAAGGGCAAGAGCACACAGUCGUGGGAGCGUCAGUGGGGCAAGCCUGCCCGAACCCCUGAAGGAAAAUGCAUUUGUUUCAAGUACAACAAGCACGGUGGUUGCCCUGCCGGCAAGAGCUGCCGAUUUCAGCAUGUGUGUCAGCGCUGCUACCACAGGCACCCCUUCUAUGAGUGCCGCUACAAGCAUGCGUCGCCUGUGGUGGGGUCUCGUCCCCGCGUUGUUAAAGGUGCGGCGCCUGUGGGGACAGAGCCUGCAGAAGAUUGGCGCUGGGAGCGAACUGGCGACGAGGAUGGUCGCGACAAGCCUCAGCUGGGAGCCGGCCAUUGGGGCCGGGGCCCACCGUUGACAGCGCAGUUGUUUGGAAAGAAAGCUUUCCGCGAUGGAUUUGGCUUAUGCUCCCCAGGGCGGUGGCGCCCAAGCCAAAGACGUUGUGCAGAUGACACACCGUCUCUGGGGUUUGCCCAGAGGCUGGGUGACGAGCUGCUGAAUAUGCCGGCUCGGCGCAUCGACCUUUCAGAUUUGGCUUCAAAGCUCACGCAGGCCAAGAUCGUGGAAAAUCCGUUUCCUGCAGACCUUAUCGCAGAAGGGCGUGAGCUCCUCUUCACAGCUCUGGAGUAUGCAGUGGCAAAACAGCCCAUGCGGGUGGUGUGUAUGCGCUUGAGGAUUGCCCACAUGUAG